AUGAAGAUGGAUAAUUAUGAAACUAAAGAUAUAACUUAAAUAUGGAAUCGUGAGUAUAACGGAAAUUAUGUAAGAUAGAGUUAAUAAACUGGCCUUCAUUUCUAUGAUAAAAAACGUAAAUACUAAGUUAGUGGAAAAGUCAGACUUAGUUCUAAAAUUUAUGUGCAAUAAAUAAACCUAAACAAGAACUACAUCUUAUUUAAAAUGACUAAAGAAUUGUGGGUUUAUAAUUUCCACAAUAGAUAAUUAGUCUGCAAAUGCUAAAUCCCUAAAAUUGAUUAAGACAAAUGA